UCAUUUUUGUUCGAAUUUUGCCAUAGCCACAAAGGCUAAUACAAGAUUUUUAAUUAUGUAGAAAGGAUGUGUAAACUAUGAACAUUCUGUUUGUUUAUUUUAAUUUUGCCACUAAUUUUUGGAUUUGUCAUUAUGUAGAAAGGAUGUCACAAAAAUCAACUGAAUAACUUUGUGUCGAUGACGUUGUUGAGAUUGAUGAAUUAAAAGGUGAGGGACCAUGGUCAAAUAAAAGUGAAACUUUGUUUGUAGACUUAAUGGAUGAAGAGGUUGCAAAAGGCAAUCGACCAACUACAACAUUUACAAAGACUAGUUGGAAUUAUAUGAGAAGCCAACUAAUUGCUAGUGCAGGAUAUAAUUAUUCUCAUGAUCAAUUGAAAAAUAAGUUUAACAAAUUAAGACAAAUGUACAAAGACUUCAAAAAGAUAUUGAGUGAUAUGACAGGAAAUGGUUGGGAUCCAUUAUUAGGUACCAUCAAUCUUGAAGAGGAGCAAUGGAAUGAGCUUUUUAAGGUGAAUAAGAGAGCUAAAAAGUUUAGAAAAAGUGGUUGCCCACAUUAUGAAAAGCUCGUAAGGAUUUUUGGAGAUACUACUGCAACAGGUGUAAAUGCUUGCCCAUCAACAAGACUUAUUUCAGAUUCUGAAGAUGAAAAUGAAAAUGAUGUUGCAAGCAACACAAACGUUGGUGUUGAAGAGAAUAAUAAAGGAAAAAAAUGCAAAGAGAAAGAAUGA